GGGAAUGGGCGUUGGGGACAGAUAGGGUACACAGAGACUCUGGGGACCGUAAAAUGAGUGGGGGAAGUUACAAAGACAGAGAGGGCCAUAGCGAUGGAGAUAUGAAGACGAUACCCCGACAGAGAAAGGAAUGAUUUGAGAGCCCAGAGAAGAGUUUCGAAUUCGAGGCGUUACUGGACGGAAAGGUCGGUGAAACGGCGAGUAGAGACGCAGCAGGGAGAAAGAAAGGACGGGGAAAGUCACGGUUCAGGAAACAGUGUCCUGAAUGACGUAACGUUUGAUCGUCAUUGACCCCGGUGAUUAGAUUUCGGACGCUGUAUUUACACGGUUUAUCUAUUAACCUUCUUCACCAAGUUUUGUUCCCAGAAGUGAAGCACCCACAACCAAGGAAUGGGCUCGCUGUCUGUGUCCGAGGCUUUCAUCCUUCUCCUGCUCUCGGUUAUAGUGCGAGGUGAACUCCCCGAUGGAGUGAGCUGCGAUCCCGGCGUGACCAUUACAGGGGGGACGGUGACCCUGUCCAAUGGCGUGGCCGUUGGGAGCGUCCUGCGGUACACUUGCCCGUCCGGAUUUUAUCCCUAUCCGACAGGGAGCCGAACGUGCGAGCGCACCGGCCAGUGGAGCACCAUGAGGGAUUCGAGAAGACGGCCUGUUCAGAAGGCCAGGUGUAGAGGGUUUCGCUGCCCGGCUCCCGCAGUCGAACACGGGUCGUUCUUUCCACGGAGGGGGUCGCAUGCUCCGGGGGACAUGGUCAGCAUUGAGUGCGACGACGGCUACCAGCUGCUAGGGUCGAGCAGCCGGACCUGCCUGCCCAAUGGCCGCUGGAACGGCAGCACUACCGCCUGUGAUGAUGGGACGGAUACCUGCCCAAACCCCGGAAUUCCGCCGGGAAGCGUCAAAUCUGGGAAGAACUAUGGCGUGGGCGAUAAGGUCCAUUACCGAUGUCAGGACGACUUGGUUCUGAUUGGCUCGCCGGUGAGGGUCUGCCUGGAGUCGGGAGUCUGGACGGGCUCCGAGCCCAGCUGCCAGCACAAAUUUUCCUUUGAUCUCCCGGAAGAAGUGGCGAUGCAUUUCUCAUCCUCCUUCUCCCUCCUGCUGGCCGAGUCGAAGGAGGAGGCUGUGAAGUCAGAUAAGCUCGGCAGGAAGAUCAUCCUGACGCAAAAUCAGAAGCUUUACAUCUACGUGCUGCUGGAUGUCUCCGGGAGCAUUACCAGGACAGACUUUCAGACAGCGAAGGAGGCCCUGAGCCAGUUCAUUGACAUGAUCAGCCGCUUUGAGGUGAGUGUGAGGUACGCCAUCCUUCUCUUCGGCUCCCAGACCCGUGAUGUCGUCCACAUCGGCGCCGAGGAAUCCUCCGAUUCCAGGGAGGUGUCGAAUAUCGUGUCCGCAAUGAAGUAUGACGACUACGUGUUGAACAAGAACUUGGGAACCAACGUGACCGGAGCUUUGAAAACAGUCUACGGGAUGAUGAGUUACGCCAGGACGAACAUGAAGGACAGACUGGAUGAAUGGAUGCAGAUCCGCCACGUGAUCCUGAUCUUCACGGACGGACGGAUCAACGUGGGCGGGUUGCCCACACAGGUGCUGAAUAACAUUCGGAGUUUCCUGGAGAUCGAGAAUUCUCGGGAGGACUACCUGGAUGUCUAUGUUUUCGGACUCGGUGCAGAGGCGGACAAGGAGCAGAUCAACUCCAUUGCGUCCCAGAAGACCGGCGAGAAACACGCCUUCUUCCUGGCAAACGAGGACCUUCACACCGUCUUCAACGCCUUGCUGGACCUCUCCUCAGUGGGAAACCUCUGCGGAUUUGCCAACAAGAGUUUAGUUGCCACCGAUCAGAGCUCUUACCCAUGGUUCGCCGACAUCCUCCAUAACCAGAAACCGAACAGCCGUUGCUCCGGUUCCAUCGUGGCACCGCAGUGGAUUCUGACAGCGGCUCACUGUUUCGGAGAUCUGGCGAAUGAAGACCCCAGCGACCUGUCCAUACGCUUGGGAAGUUCUGACAAGAUCAUACUGAAGGUCGAGCAAGUAACUGUACAUCCGCAGUACAAUCUGACCGGGAAGAUAGCGAAGAAGAUCCGUGAAUUCUACGAUUAUGACGUGGCACUGAUCAAGCUGGCGACAAAGCUGAACUUCACAACGUACAUCAGACCCAUUUGCCUGCCGUGCACCGAGGAAACUAGUGUGGCUCUGCGCAGAUCGCGGACGGGAACGAGCUGCUCCGAUCACGAGAGCGAUCUACUGCCGACGUCAGGAGUGGUGGAAGCAAACUUUGUCCGGACCAAGAACAGCCAACCAGCCUUAGAAACGGUGAAAAUAAAGACGGCGGGACUGGCUCGAUCUGCGUGUGAAGAAGAUGCACUCAAAGCCGUAGUCUACGUUAACGUGAGUGAUGUCAGGGAGGUGGUGACCGACCGCUUCCUGUGCACAGGAGGCGAUGAGAAGGAGGCCAUCAGCUGCAAGGGAGAUUCCGGCGGCCCCCUGUCGGUGCGGAAGGUAUACCGGUACAUCCAGGUAGGUAUUGUGAGCUGGGGGGUGAAGGACGUCUGUUUGGACUUUCGCCCCCCAGCCGACGCCAGGGACUUCCACCUCAACGUGUUCCGGGUGGUGGACUGGCUUCGGGAGCACCUUGCCGGGAGUGUGCGCUUCCUGCAGCCCCAGGCCGGCGCACGCUAGGACAGCGCCACCGCUGCCCCGUUCCACUCCCUCCCUCCCUCUCUCUCUCUCUCAGGAACGCAGCCCGGCCAGACCCAUACACCUACCCAGCGACCCCAGCUCCCCACCCACUCUGUCCCAUCCUGGUCACUCACCACCGUGACCAAUGACUUUCAGAAUAGAAACCAGCUCUGCGGCUCGCCUCGCCCAUGCUGGCCCACUUGCCCACGGUAGGGCCUAUUCUCCACCCAACAACCCGUCGAAACGCCUUUCCGAUUGUAAUGCUAUCCAUCUCCUUCAGUUUGCUCCAACUCAGCAAACAUUUACCGGUCAUAGUGUGCCCUGGAUUCCACUAUCUAGGGAGAAAAA